AUGCUAGAAUAUGAGUACGCAAAGUCUGAAAUAAACCGGUUCUUGCUUGUACGUUUCUACAUUAAACUAAAUGCAGCAUAUAUUUCUUCAAACUUUCAUCUAAUAUAUCUGGUGAAUAUUGUGGGUUCUGUGUCGAAAACUGGAAAAUUUGAGAGGGGGUUACUUGUUAGCUGCGUGGUAGUGACACAAAUUGGCUAUAUAUUUGUAGCAAUGGAGGAAGGUGUAUACUUUCAGGGACUAAAAACAGUUAAAUGUAGUUCAGAUACAAAUAAAAUGAACAGAAGUUCUCAUGAUGCCGUUCAUUUCACCAAUUAUAAUAUUAUUUUCAAUGUAAUUGGUAGUGGAUGA